AUGGGUCCAGUUUUGGAGGUGGAGAAGGAGGAGGAAGAGGCGGCUCAGGGUAUGGAGGAGGAGGAGGAAUCUCAGGCAGUGGAGGCUCCUUUUCUGGAGGUGGCCACAGCUCUGGAGGGGCAUGUCAACGAGAGCCUGCUGAAGCCUCUUGAUGUGAAUUUCGAGCCCGAAAUCCAGCACAUCCGAAAGCAGGUGAAGAGCCUCAACAACCAGUUUGCCUCUUUGAUUGACGAGGUGCAGCAUCUAGAGUGGCAGAACAGGGUGCUGGCCAACAAAUGGGACCAACUCCAGAAGCAGGUCCUGCCAUCCCAGAAGAACAUCAAGCCUGUCUUCAGCAACUUCAUUUGCAGCCUGCAGAGGCGGCUGGACGCACCGCUGCACGAGAGGGGACAGAUGGAGCCUCAACUGAUCGACACAGAGAAGCUCAUUGAGGAGUUCAGAUGCAAAUACAAGCAGGACGCGGACAGACACACAGAUGCGGAGAGUGAGUUUGUGUCACUGAAGAAGGAUGUGGACUGUGUCUAUCUGGCCAAGGCAGAGCUGGAAGCAAAGGUGGAAACCCUAAAACAGGAGAUAGAGUUCCUGAAAUGUGCUUCUGCUCAGGAAAUCGUUGACCUGGAGAAAAGUCCCUGUGUCACCUCUGUCACUGUGAAAAUGGACAGCAGCCGAGGCCUGGACACGGAGGGCAUCCUCAGGCACAUUGAGUGCUGGUGUGAGGACACAGCUCAGAAAAGCAAAGUGGAGUUGGAUGCAUUGUACAGAACUAGGUUCCAAGAGCUUGAGGAGGCAGCAGGGAGAGAUUGCAAUGAACGGAAGUCCUACCAGCAAGAGAUUGAAGAGCUGAGUUUUGUGAUCCAGAGGAGGCAGUGUGACCUUGAAAAUGUGAAGAAGCAGGUCUCCUGCCUGCAAACCUCCAUUUGCGAUGUUGAGCAGCGUGGGGACUGUGCCCUGAAGGAUGCCCGGGAGAAGCACGUUGAGCUGCAGAAUGCCCUCCAGAAGGCCAAGGAUGAGCUGGCUUGCAUGCUGCGGGACUACCAGGAGCUGCUGAAUGUCAAGCUGGCCCUGGAUAUUGAGAUUGCAACGUAUAAGACUCUACUGGAGAGCGAAGAGAGCAGGUGGGAACACCCGGAUCUAAACUUCAGCUGUGAGACUCAGGACAACCAAGAUGUAAGACCUAAAGUAGAAAAAUGGAAGCCCUGCUCCACUUUCAGUGGUAAAAAUGUCCUCAUCUCCACCUUACUCAUGAGGAAGAGGCCUACUGCGUACCAGAACAUCGUAGCAUCAUGA